AAGAAAAAUAACUUUGUGUGGUGAAAUUUAAAAGAAAAACAUAUCAAAAUUAUUAAAAAUUAUGUGUUUAAAAAAAAAAUUACUAAUAAAUCAUUCAAACAACAAUAACAAAAAUUUAAUUAUAAACACCCACCCAGAGAUUCUUUAAGAACAUAACAACUACAACAACAACAACAUUUUUAAAUACCAAGCAAAAAAAAGAAAUGUCAACCCGUUAUUUGCUGUUAAUAACUUGACCAUUUUGACAGUUGAUUUAUUUGACGCGUGUGUUUGUUGUAUAUGCUUCAAGGGAGAAUAAAUGUAAACGUCACAUCUUAAACAGAAUAGAACAGAAAAAAAAACAAAAUUGAAAUAAAAUUAAAUCAACAGAAUGAAUGAGUGAAUAUGAGUGUUUUUGAUUGAAAGCUUAAAAUGUUCUUCAACAACAAAACAAAUAACAAACACAAUGAUGGAACGAACACUCAUACACACACAGAGAAACUAAAUGACAUUGACACAAACAUCUAAGCAAACAAAAGAAAAAAUAAAGAAAACAUUAAAGUGACAUUAUACUUGUCAAAAAGAAAAACUAUUUAAAUAACAAAUAGUAAUUUGUUAAAACAAACAUUUAAGCAGAAUAUUUAAAUUUCACCUAAAAACCCCCCACAACCCACCCCAACACAAACACACACACUCGCAUACAACCCACUUGCAAACCAACCUCCUGUUGAAUUAACAAGUGUUUUUUUCUUUCUGUUGUUGUUGUUGUGUGUGUUGUUCUUGCGUUACUAAAUGCUUGUUGAUUUGUGUUGUACAUUGUGCGUUCGGAGAGGUGGUAUUCCGCGUGUGCGUUAUUUCCAUGUGUUCCUGCGUUUGUAGUAUAUGUCUUCUGGUGCGUUGUAGACCCUUAUUGUGUGUGUGCGUUUUGAAUAGAAUUUCGUUACAUUUUUUUUUUUUUUUUUUUGCAUAAAUAUUGUGUGUGUUUGUUUUAACGUUUUCAAAGCAACAAGAACAUAAUAAGAAUCACAUUAUGAUGCUGCACGAGGCUGUUAUGUUGGAAAUCUAUCGACAGGCUUUAAAUGCAAGUGAACUUGCCAGCCCACGUUGUCAGUCACGCGAAUCUACCGCCUCAACUUCGGCCAACAAUGAUGUUCGUUGUCCAUCAAAUGAAUCACAUUAUUCCGGGCAUGAAGGUCAUACACCGGGACAGACACCUACACCAACAUCACCACCAGUUGGUUUACCGUUACCCGCGACAUUGGCACCCGCAGCAGCAGCCGCUCUCUUACCACCACAAUCAGCAGCAAUGGCUGCAUAUUUUAAUGCAGCUGCUGCUGCAGCUCAACAAAAUCACUUACUAUUAACAAAUCCUUUAGCAGCAGCUGCAUCGUUGGUACAACAGGCAACACAACAAGUUGCACAUUCACCGAAUUCGCAACAAACCUUGACACCAACACCACCUAAUGCCAGUGAUAGUGUCGAUACAUCAGCAUUGGAUUUUAGCACAAAACGUAGCCGACGGAAUUCUGAUGAUGAUGCCAAUGGUAGUGAAGAUGAUGAGGAAGCAGCUGAAGGUGAACGAAUUGAUAAUGAGGCUGAUAAUGGAAAUGAUAAUGAAGCAGAAGACUUGAAUAGUCCAUUAGAUUUAUCUGUAAAUCAUGGACGUAAACGUCAAUCAGACGAAGAGGAACCCGUUUUAAUGAGCAAUCGAAAAUUGGCAAGAUCAAAUGAUUAUAAAUCAUUGCCGGCUUCAAGUACAUGGGUACCUCCAAUAAAUCCAUAUUUGGCAGCUGUUGCAGCAGCUAACAUGUCACCAAAGACUCCACUCUCACUGGAUUGGAAUGCCAAAACGAAAAUUGCACCAAAUGAAGCUACCAAAGCUUUAGAGAAAAUGACUGAAAUGACAAGACUUGGAGGAUCAGCAAAAACUGAUCAUACAGAGAACUCAACUAGACAUUCAACCAGUACUACCAGCACUUCCUCAACGACAACCACUACGUCAAAUGGUCGUCACAGUGCUUGGCAAUCACAUUGGUUGAAUAAGGGUGCUGAUGCUGUAAAAGAUGUUUUCAAAUGUGUUUGGUGCAAGCAAAGUUUUGCCACUUUAGCUUCGCUAACCACGCACAUGAAGGAAACCCAACACUGUGGUGUUAAUGUUCCACCUAGUGUUGGCUCAACUAGCACGGCAGCAAAUAGUGGCGGCAAUCAAACGACACAAUCUUCCCAUCAUUCUCGUCAUUCAACCACGCAAAGUAGUGGCACAGCAUCAGCUCAAGCAGCAGCAUUAGCUGCCAAUAGUUCAGCAACAUCUGGUGGCAGCAAAUCUGAUCUAAACAUGCUAAUCAAAGAAACGAUGCCACUGCCACGCAAACUAGUGCGUGGACAAGAUGUGUGGUUGGGCAAAGGUGCCGAACAAACGCGCCAAAUAUUGAAAUGUAUGUGGUGUGGACAAAGUUUCCGUUCUCUGGCCGAAAUGACAAGUCACAUGCAAGAGACUCAACAUUAUACAAAUAUAAUAUCGCAAGAACAAAUCAUUUCUUGGAAGUCAACCGAUGAGAAAACGUCACGAGAUAACAGCACUAGCAGUAAUAGAGGAUCUUCUACAAAUGCUGCCACCAACAAUAAUGCCACGAUUACAGUUAAUAACAGUGCUCUGUCCCCUAAUGCUAAUGCGACAAAUUCCACGGUUAGUGCAGUGCUGACAUGCAAAGUGUGUGAUCAAGCAUUUUCUACUCUAAAAGAGUUGAGCAAUCACAUGGUGAAGAACAAUCAUUACAAGGAACACAUGAUACGUACCGCUGCAGCAGCUGAAAAUGUGCCAACAAUGAUUAGAGGCAGAGGCAGACAGGCAAGGGAGAAACGCAAAAAAUCUCUGCCAGUGCGUAAACUGUUAGAAAUGGAAAGAGCUCAACAUGAUUUCAAAGCAGCUGGCCUAGAUCAAGCUCUCAAGCCGUUAAGAGAUUUUGCUGUUUCAACGAAACUAGCCUGUGAAACUUGUGGUGAUAAGGUAGAAACCGCCAUGUUUGUAGAUCACAUACGCCAGUGUAUUGAUCGAAGUCUAGUUAUGUCACCCAGAUCUCAAAAUAAUAACAAUAAUACAAUGAAAUCUCCCUUUGGACCCUCAACUCCACAAGAACGUUUAAGCAGUCCCCAGACUCCACACAGUCGUAGCGACGGACGCAAAACUUCAGAUGGUAAUAGUUCCCCUCUGUCGGCUACUAAUACUAGAGCUGAUAUUUUGUGCCCAUUGCCUCCUACGGAAUCGGAAAAGUCUAGCGGCGGCACUUCCGUACUAAGUGCUUUGGAGCAAUUAAUCGAAAAAAGUUUCGACUCAAGACCUCGUCAAUCCUCCGCUUAUGGAGAGGCUUCAUCCGGAGGUACUCCUCUAGGUUCUAGUAUACUUAAACGCUUGGGUAUCGAUGACAAUGUUGAUUACACAAAACCUUUAAUGGAUCCUCAAACUAUGCAAUUUUUACGUUCCUAUUCGAAUUAUCCCUCUAAUCGUGAUCGCAGUGCCAGUGAAUCGAGUUCAGUGUCUGAACGUUGUAGCAGUCGAUUAGAAUCAUUUACCCCAGAGCGCUCCUUUGAUCUAUCCAGACAACCCACACCGCGUCUAACACCCGAUAAAAGUUAUCAAACUCCUAAAGAAACUAGGGAUGUUAUGUACGCCACUAAAAUCAAAUCCGAGCCAAUUGAUAAUAGCGAUCAGUUAAAUGAUGCCGACAAUAUACCCAUCAAUGAAAUACCAAAGAAAAUUUCAGUUAAAAAAGAAUUCAAUAUACCCGAUGAUCAGGAGGAUUUGGAUUGUCACAAAAGUAAGGAAACCGACAUAAGGCAUAGCUCACUAACACCCAGCUCUCGAGCCAUUAGUCCCAGCAUCAGUGAACGUUCAGCAACACCCAAAUCAACCUGUUCGAGUAGUGAAAAGAAACCCAAUAUAGGCUUAACAGAAAGUAAUAGCCUUAAUGCUUUAUCCUCCAUGUUUAACAAUCUUAAUAACAUGAAUACAACGGCGAUUAAUAGUGCAACAAUGGAAAAUAAUAACAAUAAUCCAGCUACUAACACAGUGGCUAAGAAAACAAAUGCCAAUCCUUUGGCUGCUUUACAAAAACUUUGCGAAACUACUGAUACGCCUGCAGCCAAUACACGCAGUUCAUCCAAUAGCAGUCAUCACAACAACAAUUUACCAACACAUUCAAGUUCUUCUAGUGCUGGUACCUCGAAUGCUGGUGGUACUAGUGUUAGCAGUGGCAGUAGUGCCAGCAUGUUGGCCUUUAGCUGGGCUUGCAAUGAUGCUGUUGUUACAGCAGAUUCCAUUAUUAAAUGUUCCUUCUGUGAUACACCAUUCAGCUCUAAGGGUGCCUAUCGUCAUCAUCUCUCCAAGGUGCACUUUGUCAAAGAUGACCAACAUCAUGAUGUGAAUAGCAUGAAAUCACCAGCUGCUAUGUCAGCCAUUUCACCCAAAUCGAUGACUUCUCCCAGAAGUAUGACUUCAGCUAAGAGUCCAGCAGCUCAACAGCAACAGCAGCAACAACAACGUUUGGAAACAUCACCACCGUCCAGUGUUGCCACAACACCCACCAUCAAUCCCUAUGAUGAAAGUCCUCAAUCGAAAUUCCUUAAAUAUACCGAGUUGGCCAAACAGUUGUCAAGUAAAAAUGCUUAAGCGGUGACGUAGAAUGGAUUGUCCCUGUAGUAGAGGUAUGAAAUUGUGUAUAAGUAGUGUGAUUUUGCAAUUUACUUAGUAUUUUAAAGAGAAAUAUGUGAGAAUUCUUUAAAGAUCUUAAGUUUGUCGAAAAUUGCUUUAAGGAAAGUUUAGGAAAUUUUGGAUUCCGAAGAGUAUAUCAGAAACUAAAGGUUUGUGUAACCAAACUCUGAAAGAAUUUGGAAAUUGUUUAAUCUAAAUCUUGUCUAAACCACUUGAAUCUUGAGAAUCAUAGGCAAUAUCAUAACCGGUUGAAUGUUAUGGGAUUACCAACAUGUAUCUUUGGUUUUGCCUCAUGGAACUAACUAAAUAUCAGAGAUCAGGCUCUUGGUGAACUGUCAUCUGAUCAUAUGAUCGAUCGUAUGAUCUUCUUUUCACAAAAUCCUCAUAUUUUGAAUAUUUCAUAUAUUUUUUUAAGUACAUACCUUGAACUUUAAACUGAAAUAAAUCUGCAUUGAAAGCUAAGUCUUCACAACAUACUAAUGCCAUCAGUGACCUUAAUCAAACAAAAUCUAAUGAUUUAUUUUAAUCUUGAUAAAUUGCCAAGAUAUUUACUAAAAAAAUAACUAACGUUAACAUAUUGAUUUGUUCUUUGGCCACAAAAAGAUCUGUGCGCUAAUAAUUCAUCUCUCAUCUAAUCUAAAAACAAUAAAUUUGCGGUAAAAAACACAUUUUAACACUCCCACAUGAAUGAAAAACUUUUGAUCGGAAAAAGAAAAAACGCGUAAAUUUAAACUACAAUACAAAAUAAAAACCAUAAAGAACAAAUUAUAGAAAAAACAACAACAAUAACAGCAACAAAAUAUGAUUAUAAACGUACCACAAUUAAUUGCCACACUUAAACUACUUGCUCACCUUUAAGCAGAUGAAGCAAACCAAGAAAAAAAUAUCACUUUUUAUCUUGCUGCGAGUAUGUAGUUGUUAUGCACAAUAUGUCUGUUUAUGUGUAUGUGUGUUAAGUUGUUAUUAAAAGAAAAAUAUGUAAACAAACAACAAACAAAACAGGUACUCACUCCAGCAAGCUCCUCCUCACUAAAUUUUUGCACACACACACAUACCUAUACUCCAAAACUUUUAAUGGCUAAAUGUGAAAAAAAACAUUUUUAUGUUUGUCUGUUUGUUUAAGUAUAUGGCCACUUUAAUAUUGACGUUCUGUUGUUGCCCUGGUCUGGUUGUACUUUGACUGCCACCAGCCACCAAACUAUUGAAAUAAGCAAACAGCCAAGCAACCAUUCGGCCAGAACAACAAUUGUAUAGAGUUUUAAGCAAUUCAACCGAUUUAGUCUGAUACAAACGUAUCAGAGACAACGAACACAAAUUAAUUGAAAUUCAUUUUCAAUUUUCAACACAAUGUUGUGUGUGGAGCUAUUACGCUCUGACGACGACAACGACGGUAGCGGCGUGUUAGUAGCAUGCAUUGCAAAUCAGCUAAGGUAUGGCAUAAUUACCAUGGUUGCCAGUGGAAUGAUGUAAAGAAAUGAUUCGGGGGGAGUUUUUCAGUGAAACUUUGCGAAGUUAUAAAAGUUAUUGUGAAGUGCAUUUAGACUUUGAUUGUGCAAAGUCAAAGGGUUCUGAAUAAGAACGAAUCUUCUAAAGUGUCAUACACUUUCUAUUAAAUUGUGUAUAGAUAAGGCUGUAAAAGCCUCGUGAGUAUCGAAGUUAUAUAAACGAGCAUUUUUUGAAUCCAGAAUUUCUUUGGUGACAUUUUGUGAUCGGUUUAUUCCGCUAUACAUCGCUGAGUUCAAUUGCAAGUAAUUGUCAAUGAUGCUUUAAUCGAUAUUCCACAAUGAUGUUUUAAUCGAAAUUCCAGAACAUUUAUUGUUUUCAGAAUGAUUUUUCCUUCGAUAGCUAUAUAAUAUGAGUGACGUUUAUCUCUUUGUCCUAUAGGAAUCAAAAACGUUUAGUUCACGGUUAGUUAUCAUAGAAGCGAAGCUCUCUUUGGAAGAUAGAUGUUUGGGUCAACGAUUUUGUCAUAAUGACAUAGACUUAAAAAUUUCAAACAAUUCUACCAGACAAAUUUUUUGUUUUCUACUCCAUCUUAAGAUUCUUAAAUCCAUUAUGCUUUCUCUAAGUGAAGCAUAGCUUCAGAACCAAAAACUCUUAAUUCGGAAUCCUUGUUAUUGACAUAGACUGAAGAAUUCAAAACUACGUUAAAAGAAAGCAUGUAUACGUACAUAUAUUGCGUUUCAAUCUCUUCAUUGCUAAAGAGCUGGUAAUCUUUAAGAUCUACAUAGAUAUUUUAACGCAUAAGAAAACAGAGAACCAGUCUGAAGUUUCUUUACUUUCUUCACAUUUUGAGAUGAUGCCCUUUUAUUGUCCACUCCUCCUCUGAAUCUCUCUGCUUCAUCCUAAAAAAUAUUACCCUCUAAUGGUUCGAAUAACUAUUCAGUAAGAGCUUAUACACUUUCAAAAUAAUAACUACAAAUCGCUUGAUUAUUUUCAUGCUUUUACUUUUACUACCAGGCCUAAAAAAUGGGCUACUUCAACUGGAUGCGUCCAUAAAUCCAUCGGACAGAGUGAAGUAGGGUUGGUUGAGCAGUUAAAUAUGUGGUGGGUGUCAUGAGCGCCCUGACCACAUGCAGGUCAUUCGUUAGGGACGGCACGGUCUAUACGUGACUAGUAGGAACUUAGUUGUGCCAGAACUAAUCUUGUAUUCCUCGUCAGCUUUUCUUUCAUGUCUGCUAUGCGGUGGGCGACCUCCAAGGGCGACAUGCGCUAUUUCGCGACCGUGGAAUUUAUGGCUUAUCUAUGAAUGUCGUUCGAAGCUGCCGAAUUCGAGGUCUGAUCCAGUGGAUCCUGCACAUUUCUGCAAACGUUUUCCUCGUAACAACAAUGCAAUACAUAGCAGUGCUUUAUUUUGCUUAUCUUUGAAGUGAUCCGAAAACCUUGUAAAAAAAGAAGUUUAAAUCGUUAUCUACAAUUUUUUACUUUUAGAUCCUCUUUUAGGUAAUCCUGUAAAUACGAACAGUGCUUUCUUUUGCCGUUAUUUUAAAUGAUCCGAAAUGAGGUGAAGAUCGUUAACUACGACUCUUUAAAAGUAUUUUCAAGCUCUGAUGAAUGUAUAUGUGAAAUUCACCUAUAAGCACGAAGUAUGCUUAAACCAGUUACUUUAAAAGGAGAAUGUAUUUUUCAAUUUAAUACAAAGAAAUAUUUCCAAGUCUUUAGCGUUACUUUAUUAGAGUCACUAGUUUAAACUGAACCGACAAUAGUUAGUCUGGUAGGCUAAAACACUAACUAUUAACCUAUUAAACGCAUAUAUUCUAGGCCCAUAGUGCCACCUUUAUAUCGUUAAUCAUUUAUCAAUCUUGUUCUCGAAUAGGAAGCGACCAAUGAUGCCACCCGUCUAAAAUCUUUUGUGUUAUCAAUUAUAUUUGCUAAAAUUUAUUUUUUUUCUGUUAAAAAUCAUUAAGUAAAUUGCCGUCGGCAAAUAAGCAGUGCGAAUAACAAAUUUUUCAUGAAAUCUGUCAAAUAUUUAAAUCAAAGUUCCGACGCAAGAUCCACAACGUUAAAGUCUGAGCUUUUGUGUAAAGUGGAACAGCGAUUUUUAAGAGUACUUUGUAAAUUUCAGAGAUAGCAGCGAUAUUCUCAAUUUCCAUUCAUUAUUAGUUAAUUUCUAUUCAAUUUCCAACUGUUUAAGAAAAAUUAAAUAUGCACCUGUUUUGGAUCGGAGUAGGUCGAAAGUCGAAAUUAUUUUGUGGUCAUCUAGAGAUAGGUGCUUUGGUGUCAAUUUCCCUUUAUUUUCACCUUCUUUUCAUUUCCUAAUUGUGAAAGAAAUUCGGAAUAUGAAUCUCUUUUAAGUCCUAAUAGGUCAAAGGUCAAACUAAUUUUAUGGACAUUUCUAAAUUCUAUAAAAUAAGCUUAUUCGAGUCUAAGGCAACCCUCCAAUGGAACAAGUUUAUUUGAAUACUUAGACCAUAGAUAAUAGGCGUUAAGCAGGUUAAAAAUAAAAACAUACUAAAAAACAUGUGCCCAACACUGUGCGCAAUUGUUUAAAACAAAAUAAGAAAAAAUUGCGUUUUUUUUUAGAAAAAAAUACAAAAAAUUAUUUUAUACCAAAAAACAAAAACUGCGGUUUUUUAUUUUACAAACAAAUUAACAAGAUAGAAAAAAUAAAGAAGCAUUUGUUAACAAGAAGCCUUUAGUACAAACACCCACUCAUAGACAAUUAAUCAAUUAUAAUGACUUUGAAACAGACAACAAAACCACACACAUGAAAGCACACACGGAAACACACACACACACGUAUUUGUUCAUAUGUACACAUGUAUAAAAACAAAACUUUAUAAAAACAACAUUACAUUUGUUGUAAACAAUAAAAUAUUUCCAACUUACAGACAAAAUAAAAAAAUUUACUUGAAAAUUUUAACGGAAAAAAAAUUUUUUUAAAGAGCAAAGUUCUUAACUCUUAGUUUACGUUAUAGAGAAGAAGGGAAUAUAUCUCUUUGUUGCUCUUAAAAGGGGCAAUAAUUUCCCCUUAAAUAAAAAGCUUUUGCCACAAAUUCUCCUUAAUUUUAAAGUUUCAAAAAAAGCUGUUUUAUACCUCACAGGAACAACGAGAAAAGAACAUAAUUUUCUUAACAAAAAGCUUUCAAGUUUAUUUGUACUCUUUUGCUUUUUAACAAUAUUGUUAUCUCUUUCUAACUUAUUUGAUUUCAAUAAACCAACAAAGAGUGCAAUAUUUUUCUCUAAUUUACAGUGCAUUUCUUAGUGUAAUUGUGAGUGUGUGUGUUUGUGUGAAACAAAUGUGCGCUAAAUAUUUACUCAUUUCCUUACUGGUGCCUUAAAGAGAGUAUGAUUUCUCAUACUCUUGGCAAACUUUUGGUAACAUAAAAACUUUAAAGGAGGGCGCAUAUAAAUGGUUGACUUGUUUGUUUUGUCUGCUUUUGUUUUUGAUGAACUGCUGUCCAUCAAUUUCCACCAUCUGUUGUAAAUGUAAGAAAGAGAGAGAAAAUGUUUUUGAAACAAAAAUAUACACGCUGCAUUCAUUCAUUCAUUCACUCACUAACUAACUAACUGCAGAGUGAUGAAAUGCCAAAUCAUAAUGUUCGAUGCUACCAAUACACUGACAUGUUGCAAACGCUGGUUGUUGUUAUUUUCAUUUAUUUUUUUCCAAAGUUUCAACCCGUUAUAAUAAUAAACAACAACAACAACAGCAGCACACUGUCGUCAUGUACAAUAACAACUUACAGCCAUAAAGAAGAAAAUUGAGCAAAACAAGUUGAUAUAACGACAAAAACAACAACAACAAAACAGCAAAUCAAGUUUUAUACAAUAACAAGUAGCAAUUGCAAAAAAAGGGGUGUGGGUUAAAGAAAAACAAAAAAAUGAAAAAAAAAAUCUUUAAACAAAAAACUGUAUUUUUCUGUUGUUGUUGUUUUAUCUAAGUUUGAAAGUUAUGUGUGCUUUUUUGUUUUUUUAUCUGUUAAGGAAGAAAGUUAUUGUUUUUUAUGUGUGUGUGUGUUUUCCUUUUGAUUCCUUUUGGUUGUUGUGUGUUAAUUUAUGAGCGGCAUGUGUAACAUCGUUGAGUGAUAUAUUAAUUAUCCAAGGUGCAAAUAAAUAUUAUUUAUAAAAGUAAUAAAUACAAAAUAAUUACACAAGCCUGACAGUGAGGAAAAUAUAAAAUAUUUUAAAGUUUUUUAUUCCAUAUUCUGUGGUUUAUUUUAAAAGUUUUAAAAAAGACAUUUUCUAGGUUUAAUAAGUGAAUGAAUAGAAUAGUGGGAAAUAGCAGACCAUGUAAUAUCUUACACCUACUUCAAAAAUGUGGAUUAUUUUGUACUUACAUAUGUACUUAUUGUUGAUGAGAAAUAUAUUUUCUACAAGAGGGUUUAAGGCUUAAGCCCAUAUCAGUCCCAUCAGGCCUAUCCUUAUAAAUUUUAAUACAAAGUUAUUUAUGUAGAAUUUAAUCGUGUAUUUAGUGCUUCCAAGUGAAUUUUGAUCUUCAAUUCAUUUUCUAAAGGGCAGUUUGUAUGGGGCUUAGGGUCAUAUUAGACCCCAUCAUUACAAAAAUCGUCAUUAGGGGGGUUUGGGUCAAAUUAGACCCCAUUAUUACGAAAAGGUGCCGAGGAUCUGUUGAGUAGUAUAAAACUGAAAAAAAAUGAUUUUUGUUGACAUACUAGAACAUUUAACAUACAUUUGAACUCAAAAGUCCUAUUCGAGAGAUAAGGAAGUAUCUUAAAAUCUUAAUUGAGACCUGUCGAGCACAAAAUUAAACAUAGACACACAGACAGAUAUAGCUAAAUCGGCUCAGAAAGUCACGGAAGGACAGAUGGACAUAGCUAAAUCAAUUUAGAAAGUGAUUCUGAGUCAAUUAAUAUACUUUAAGGUGGGUGCAGGACCAAUAUUUUUGGAUGUUAACAACAACAGCACGAACUCAUAGUACCCUCCCCACUAUAGUGGUGUAGGGUAUUACAAUCUAGUAGAGUAGUCUAUUGACUACUCUAUUGACUAUUAUCUGAAUCUGUAAUUUAACCAGUCUUUGACUAUAUUAGACCUUUAACUAGUCGUUCGUGACUAGUCUAUUGUAAAUAGACUAGUCUCAGAGUGACAAGUCUAUAGAAAAGAUUACAGGCUAGGCUUUGGGCCAAACUAUAGUUUUUUAGAAUUAUCUUAAUCUGUCAUGGAUAGUGUAGCCCACAGACUAGUGAACUAGUAAUGUUGUGAGCCUCUGACUAGAUUAUACCAUGAACUAAUCGUUCGUGACAAGUCUAUAGACUAGAUUUUGGACUAGUCUCAAAGUGACCGCUCCAUAGAAUAGAUUACAGACUAGUAUUUGGGCUAGACUAUAAUCUACUAUAUUUACUCCUGGACUACACUGAUGUCUUUUUUUGUGAAGACUAUGCUCUAGUCUAUUAUCAACUUAAUUUAGUCUAUUGUCUACUUUAAUGUGUUGCUAUACUAGUUUAUUAUAAAGUCCAUAUAGUAUAUAUUAACUUGUCCAUAUAGUACUAUGAACUAGUGUCUAUUUACUAUUGUAGCCCUCUGAAUAGAUUACAACUUAAACUAAUCAUUCGUGACCAGUCUAUAGUCUAUAGACUAGAUUUUGUACUAGUCUCAGAGUGGCCAGUCUAUAGAAAAGUUUACAGACUAGUCUUUGAAUAAUUCUCAGAGUGACUAGUCUAUAUAAAAGUUAACAAACUGGUAUUAGGGCUAGGCUAUAGUCUACUCUAUUUACUAGCUCCUGGGCUAGUCUAUUGUCUACUUUUGGUGAACACUAUCGACAAGUCCAUUAUUAACUUAAUUUAGUCUAUUAUCUACUUUAACGUGUAGGUACUAGUAUAUUAUAAAGUCCAUUUAUUAUAUUGGAUGUCUUGUCUAUUGAAUCAUUUAUAUAUAAGUCUAUUGAAUAGUUUUUCUAGCAUAUUAAGUAGUCUAUAGACUGCUUCUUCGGCUAGUCUAGUUUCAGGUCUACUAUUCAAGACACGACUCUAUUAUCUAAUCCCAGUUUGAGUCUAUUGUCUAAUUUAUUGGCUUUUGGCUAUUCUAUGGGCGAGUCUACUCAUUGACUCAACAAAAGACCUUUCGCUUCCUUAAGCAAACAUUAGAACUGUAUAGGUGCCAGUAAUAAAAAUAAAGAUAUAAAGAGGGGAAAAAAACGUGUCCAAGGACCCAUAAAUAAACUAUUGUGGUGUCAUCAUUUGUGACUAUUUCGUAGCCAAUAGCAGUACUUAAGGCAAUAUAGACUAGACUAUAGACGUCUAGGAUGAAAAUACAAACACAAACACGUUUUGGUUUAGCUCGGAUAGAGCUUGUAGGAGUUAAGAUUGUAGAUAGUAAUUUGAUUCUUAUUGAGAAUAAUUGCUCAAAUUCACUUUCAAUAUUCUUCCAUCGAUGCACCUCAACAUAUGUGAGGACAGUUUUAUAUAUCGAAGAAUCUUAUUUUCGCGACCGGGAGAGGAUUUAGAAAGAUUUCUAACUGCUGUAUAAUAUAAAGCAAUUCCAGCAAACCACAUUUUUGUAUUUCUCGCAUGGUUACCAUUCGUUCCAAAUUCUUAACCAUAAACAACAUUUGAUUUUAUAAAAUAAAACUCCCAUGCGAAAUUUGAUUAAUAAAUUGUUUAUAAAAUUAAAUUUUGUUUAUGAAUUAGAGCGGUUAAAGUUUUUUUCUAAUAUUUAAAUUUAUUUUCAAAGAAUUUGUUUAAUUUAUAAAAACUAAAGCAAUUUUCGAUCAACUUUUAUUAUUCAUCAAAAUUUUUCCUUUAGAUUAAAAAAAACCCAAUCAAUAUCAUUUUAAAACAGAAACAUUAUAAAUUAAUAAAUUAUUAUAAAAAAAAUUGUGCCAAAAUAUUUUUUCGAAAAAUAAAACACUUAACAAAGUAUAC